UACGAAAGAGCAAAGUCGGUGUAGACUAGUUGAUUUUUUACACGGAAUUUCUAAAGUUAUAUGGCAUUUUGUAUAUGCACAUGUAUAUGCUUAGUACUGUUUUUCAAAGAACUGAAAAAAUUAUAUAAUUAGGCACGCAUAAUGGUAUAUUUAGCAGUAAUUCAGCAAUGAGACGUGCAAUCUGGCUGAUGAGUGAGUGAUGCCUGACGAGAGAUGUAGGCUUGGCUAAUGUAAUUGGUUGACAAAAUGGAGAAAAGACCAAUAAUUACUUGUUAUGGGGACCAGACGCUGUACUCUUCCCUCUGCCCAGCUGUUACAGAGAUGCUGCCCAGGGCUGCUGUGGAAUGGAGGAGGUCCUAUGGUCGACCAGCAAGAAAAGUCUGCGUGGAAGCCACAUUUGUUCCAUUCGAUGCAGAGAUAUUCAAAGCCAAAGAAGCUGAUGACUUCUGCCAGUUGACAAGUCUGCCUUACUUUCACUUGUACUGGACAGACUGUGAUCUGGACACAUACAAAUCCAGUAUUAGAGACCACAUAAGUACUUGGUUGAGUAUUCUACGGAAUUAUGGAAUUAGUGAUUGGAUGAUUGUAGUGGUGACCCAUGAUGAAAAGAGUGUCAAGAGCAAAUUACUUCCACGAACUAAUGUGUAUGACAAAGUGAAGAAUGAUUUCUGUGGGAAAUAUGCUGACAGGUGUGUUAUGUUGGCAGAGCCUUUGAAGUCUGAUCCCCGAAGUUCUGAGUCUUGGAACAAUUUCCUCAACAAGUUUCGUGUGCAGAUUUUAGAGUCAUUCAAUAUUUCUUUGAACAAAUUUGAAGAAAAACUGAGGUCACAGAGAGAACUGAGAACACAAGCAGGAUGGGAUUUUUGCCAAUACUUUCUCAUGCAGGAGGAACUAGCUUUCAUGUUUGAAAUGCUUGGUGUGUAUGAAGAUGCCUUAAUCCAAUAUGAUGAACUGGAUGCCCUCUUUAGCCAAUUUCUUCUGAACCAUGCAGCUGGAGCUACAGCUGAGUGGAUUACUAACUUGACCAAACCUUGUGAACAUUGGGAAGGUUUAAACCUCUCUCGACCUGUUGAUAAAGAAAAAAGGUAUCAGAUCCAGCUGAACAAAAUCACCCUCCUUGACCUGCGAAGUUACCUGUUCUCCAGGCAGUGUGCCUUACUGUUCCUGCUGUACAGACCCUGGGAGGUGGCACAGAGGUCCAUGGGCUUCAUGCAGACAUGUGUACAGGAUGUGGAGUUGCUGGAGGUCCAUACCCCUCCAGGCUCUCUGGCUUGCUGGGUGUUCCUCAGCUGCAUGGAGACGCUGCAGGCCUGUGAGAAGUUCAGUCAAUCUGGGCAGGUGGCGACAUACUCUUUACAUACAGCCAGCUUGUGGGAUUACACUAGAAAGAAGCUGUAUGAGUUAGGUGAACUAUGUGGGCUGUUACCAGGAAUGACCCCAUCAUCUGAACAGCUCCAUCUUGUGGUAGAUUUAGUUGCUGGAAUGAGAAUUCUGGAACAGAGGGAGGGGGAGAGUCCGAAAUCCAAGCUGCAAGAAGCCUUGUCAUCACAGACAGCUUUUCAAAAGAAUUAUCUUGAACUGUCAGAACUAGCCAUGGGAACAUUUAAACACAUUGGAAGGAUGAGGUCAGCCAAACGGAUUGGGCAAGAUUUGGCAGACUUUUACAUGGGACUUGGUGAGUACAGCAAGGCAGAGGGAUUUUUGCUGGAUGCCCUGAAGAUGUACAAAAGAGAAAGGUGGACCAGCAUAGCAGACCAUAUCCGGGUCAAGGUUGCUCAGUGUCAGGAAAGAGAGGGAUCAAUAUCAAAAUACCUUCGUUCAUGUGUGUGUAUUGCAAGCAGCCAAGACUUGGAUGAUGACUUGAGAAUGGAUUACUAUAGAAAACUACUUAAGCUAACAACAGAUGUCUCAGAUGGCCCAUACACCCUGAAAGCCUACCCCUUGCUGACAUUUGACAAGCCUCUCCUGGAUAAGCAAGUCUGUAUAAUAGGUGACCACAUCACAAUAACACUAGGUGUAACCAAUCACCUCCCAGGACCUAUCACGUGCAACAUGCUAAGCAUUGCCCUGGAACCCUCAGGCAGUCGUGCGCUGCAUGGGCACCAUCACGUGCGGCACCACAGUGGCACCAGCUCUAGCAGCAUGGAACUGUGUCUGGAUACUACGAAGUAUAAAGUAUUUGAGGAGUAUGAGUAUACUAGUAAUGGCCAGGUGCAAACUAUAAGACUUCAGUGCCAUGAUGCCAGUACGAUGGAUAAACAGAUAGGACUGAAUCAUUCUGGGACCCAGAAAGAUGUACAGUUGGAUGAUUACACUAUAUCUGCAAGUCUAGAGCAUGUUGUGAUGAUGCCUGGACAUAAUACUUUUUCAUUGUCAACAAAGUUGGAUGAUUUAGGCAGCUACUGUCUGAGUCAAUUGUGUGCAGAGGCCUGUCAAAUACAGCUAGUGGAAUCACUGCAGGAGUUGCUCAUAGAAUUCCAAGUUAAAGCAGAUGCAUCCACUGUGUGUCUCAAGUCUCCAUCUGGGCAAGUACUAGCUGGUUUUGUACAAGAGCUAGAGUUGAUUGUAAACCCAGGCAGCUACACAAUUCCAGAGGGCGCUGUUCUUCAUGUAUCAUCACAGACACUACAGAUAUUUCAGGAUGAAGGCCAAAACAAGCUGACAUCUGUAACAUUACCAGCCUUAAAGGCUUAUGAAACAUGGGAACAAAAGAUCUUUGUCAAGGCAGCAUUGGGGAGUGUUGAUGAAGAAGAACAUUUGGUUGAUGUAGAGGGUGACUGGAACAACAGUAUCCUAUGUCAGAGCUUAACAUUCCAGCAACCUUUCUGCUUCAAAUGCAAGAUGAGGAACACAAUCAGCAAGAGGUUUGUGGAGUUAACAAUGACAGCGACCAGAACACUGAGUAUCACAGUGAACCACACAUCUCUGAAGAUACAAGGUGUAGCUGAUGAAAAUAUUGUGCCCUUCUACACCGAUGCUCCUAUGGUGCUAACAGCCAACCAGAGUGCUACAUAUUUGUGGCAGUUAAAAGAGAUCCCAGCUAACAUGCAGACACUGUCUUGUAGUUUGGUAUUGGGUUUGCAGGAUCCUACUGGCAUACAGUGCAAUGCUGAUUAUAAUUUCAAGCUAGAAAAUGAAGAGAUGAGGUAUGGCAUGCUGACUUCCAUCAGAAGUGACUCUGAAGGACCAGUUAAAUCAGGGGGCACAUGUACUUUAAAUGUAGAUAUCCAGGAAUUGGGAAAUGCCCACCAGGCAGAGCAGCUGACCUACCAGAUAGAAGUGGAUAAGAAAUGUUGGGUUGUUAUGGGAAAGACUGCAGGUGAAAUAGGUUUACAAAAUGGGCGUGGGCACAUGUCCCUGAAAGUGGUACCACUCCAGUGUGGUUAUAUCCCAGUGCCUUCCAUUAAAAUAUCAGAUGCAGGAAAUCCAGGUGAAUUCAGUGAAAGAAAAAGCCACCAUGUAUUUGAUGCCAGUGCAGCACAAUGUGUCACAGUGGAAAUGUCAUAAAAUCUUUAUGAACUGAGCACUAGUCAGAUGGUAUAUCAGGAGUUGUGCUUUGUUGACGAUCUUGUUAAGUGUUUGACUGUUAUUUGAAAUGAUAUGGAUAUGCUAGAGGUGAGCGGCAAAUCCCCAAGAACUGUUUUAUUUUUGGAGUUUAGUGUCCCUUAUUUACACAGAGCAUGAGCAUACAAUUCCCCUGAGCAACUGAGGUGCCAUUUAUUUAUUUUGAAGUAAACAGGAACUAGCUUUUUUUCUUCCCUUUCCCAUGUUGAAGUGGGGAUCCAAGAUCUGGAUUUGUAACAUGUGAGUUACACCACAUCUUUGUUUUCCAGUUAGCUAUCUUCAAGUGUUCGAUAAAGCUAGCUUCAAAUGGUGGCAGUUUUGCAGUUGCCUGAUCUUUCUUAUUUGCUAUUUUAAAACGUUUGGAUUGAGAUUUGUGUAGAUCUUUUUCUAUUUUAUCAUACAGCAGAGCCACUAGUUUUCGUGCUUCAUCAGUGGCACCAUCUUUAGCACAUUGGCCCAUCAUUUUUAGGUCCUACAAACUCUCUGCCUCUUUCUUUUGGGUAGCCUUCAUGACUGCUCUCUUCCCAAUCCCAAAUAAAAAAGAAACAGAGUCACAUCCAGUAGUAGCAUGCACAGCGGGAAGAAUCUUGCAUGACUCGGAAUCAAUGGCUGAGCAAAGUGCAUGGACAGGUACAAGUUGCUGUCUGUCUGUUGUACUACCAAUGCAACUAGUCGCUAUCCACAUGAAAGUCACAUUUUGCAAGCAAGGAAAAUAAUACAGUGCAAUCUGUAUUUAUCAGCUAAUACAGAAUGUAAAACCAUCCUUGUGUCAGCCUCUUCUUGCAAGCUUGAAGCCUGUAGAACCACACCUGUACUCGUGAUGGACAUCACCCUCUCUCCUUUGGCAAAUCCUCCAACAACCAGAAGCCUCUUAUAAGGGUGGUUUUGCAUCCAGUGUGGGGGCAUGCUUGAUCAGAUAUGUACAAAGAAACAUACCUAGUGACUGUUUGUUGGAAGCUGUAUUUAGCAAUUUAUGCUUCAUCCCUAACUGUGGUCCAUAUCUUUGGUCUCUCUCUGCAGUUUUCACUGAAUCAGGACAAUCACAUCUAUCAAAAACAACAACAGUGACACUUGUACAAAAAAACUGCCUGAAGGAUUUUAAGAUGUGAGGAAGCAAAUUCAUUAAAUGUGUGCUAUUUGCCCCCAGACAUCAUCUGGAUUAUUGCCACUGCAACCUGUAUGUACACAACUUCUGACAGGUUUCCACGAGGGCAAUCAGGUACUUGCUCACAGAGACUCUCCAAUUGGUUUCCUAGUUCAGCUUUAUUUGUUUUCCCCAUUGUGCCAUCAGUACUAAAGAUUGAUGUCGGCACUGGACCCACGGAAUAACUUGGGAUUGUUUCUCUGGAAACAUCUCCUUGACUCAUAGACAGUGAUAAGUCUCUGCAGAAAACAUUCUCUGGAUUUAGUGUCCCUUAUAUCACUGUGGAUCCCAAUUUGAAUUUAGCCUUUCUUAUCACGUCUGCAAAUAAUCUUAAUUGUGAUUUGCUGAUUGUACUAUUAAAGAUGACUGAGCCAGGUUCAAGUAUAUUUUGGACAAAUGAAGCUAGCUUUUCUUCACCAGUCUCCAGGGUACGUAGGCUUCGUUCACAUGGAAGGUCUAUUUUCUAAAAAUCUAUUUUCUA